AGAGUCCUGACCGACAUUGUGACCGUGAAAGCCAAUAUCCUCACGGCUGUUCCUCUCGAGCUGGCAGCCAAUGCGAUAGAUACCCUGUGCUCUUCCACGCUGUUUAUGGACAGAGUACCACCGAAGAUCACUCCAGAUAUAAACAAAAUGCACUUUCAGUACAUGACGCCCUGCCACAACUACAGUGUUCCACUGCUGGAUGCAGCGAAGCUCUGGAAUCACUCCAAGUUUGGCAAGGGUCGCAAGGUGGUCAUCUUGGCUACCGGCUGGACAAACACCGUUAACGAAUCCUCCGCCAUCGCUAUGAUGUCGAGAGCCUUCAUGUGUCGCCGCGACGUCCUGCACAGCACUAUUGUGGACGCAGCCGAUUAUGUGGACACACUGUACUCCUGGUCGGCAUUAAACACGGACCUUAUCGGCGCACAUCCCAUACAGCCCGGGUGCCUGACCAUUGGCUGCUCGCACACACGCGCUGUAGAGUACUUUGCUGAGAGCGCAUAUCCCCAACAGGAGAAUAACUUUAUGGCCACCAAAUGCAGUUCCUGGGACGAGCUCAGACGGCGCGACUGCAGCAAUCCUUCCUCGAUGGGAUACAUAAUUGAGAAAAAAGCAAGAGGCAUCUAUUACGUAGAUGUGAAUGGAUGGCCCCCGUAUGGUCGAAGUAUUAGUAAGGCGGGAAAUCCCAGAUCAGAGACCUACCACCUUUGUCGGACAUGA